UUCGAGAUUGUUGGCUUUCCAGAUUAUUACCUUCGAUAUUUUGGUGUUACUGCCAUUUUGCAUUUCGAGAUUUUUAUUCGAGAUUUUCACCUAGGUAUAAUCAAGCCGCAUGACACACAACGUGGGAUAAAUCGGUGGAUUUUAGUAUAAAAACGGUCACGUCAAUGCUCAAUGGCACAGGUAGCCGCCUACUGCAAAACUUAAUACUUAAGUUUUUUUCUUCGCAUGGGUAUGAAAAUAUAAUAGCAUAAUUGGUGUACACCUCACAGGCGACCAGUUUUUCAGUGGGCGAUAAUUGACGUGACUGUUUUAUACUAGAAGAACAAUAAUGACAAUAUUGAUCUUCAAAAAUUAUAGGCAUUAUCCAUUUUAAAUGUGGAAUAUGCAAGCGGGUAGAAGUAGGUAAUUAAACAUUCUCUUUCUUUAUUUUGAUUGGCGGUCAUCAAACUUCGGCUACCGUGGAUACGGCCGAUACGGGUUUUAGCAAUUACCCCUUAAAUAAAAAGUUACGCAACUUUUCAUACUUCAAUCUCAGACAAAAAUCUACUGAAAUCCACAGUGGAACUGUAUGCGAGAUCUACGUAGUAUGGAUUAACAAAGUCCCUGAAUGGAAAUCCGAACGAAAACCAACUGGAAGUUAUCGUAGAACUAAAGACAACGAUGGCAAAUCAUAAGGAGUGGUGUUCACAACAAACCGUAAACCUCCUACAGGAAGAAUUACGAAUUCCAACUUUAAAUGAAAUUAAGGAUUAUCUUGCUUCACUUACAUCAGAAGAGGCAAAACAAACCAUUAAUGACUUCCCUUUAACUUAUAUAUUUGACUGCCUCAAUAAUACAAAUGUCGAACAAAUAGAAUUAGCCAAUGAAGUGCUUACAUUGUGUAUGUCACACUUGAGCAUAGGGGAAACAUUAAAUCGUUACUCCAUUUCAAUCGAACGAGCACUGCGUCACCCUCACUCAUCAGUGAAAACAAUGGGUUUAAAUGAAAUACUUAGAAAUUUGCAAAGCGAAGACCAAGUUAAUAGUUUGGGUCGACAGACAACCCUAGUGAAAUGUAUAUUUGAAUGUAUUGCAGAUAAUGAUCUUGCAGUAGCAAAGGUUGCGUUGGAGAUUAUUUAUAAACUAGCAGUAUCGAGAAAUUGUUUGCAAAUAAUUCUUUCCCAAGAAAUACUUCAAAAUAUUCACAGACUUAGAGCCACUAAUGAAAUCGUUCGCCUACGUUUUAAUGAGCUGUUUGUAAACGUGUCUGUAAGUUCUGAAUCGUCAAUGCAGAUUUUGGAUUCACAUGGUCUGCUUUCCAUUAUUUUAGAAGAUUUGGAUACUGAUGAUAUCUUGUUAAUGAUGAACAUCAUUCAGUUGUUAUCACAGCUAGUUAUGACCAAGCAUGGAUAUGCAUAUUUAGAAGUGCAUGGCAUUACUUCUAAAAUUUUAAGCAAACUGGAAUGUGAAGAUUCUAUCCCACUUUUGUUAUGCGAACCAGGUGUGCUAAAAUUUUUUGGUGCCAUGGCUUAUCGAAAACCUGAGCAAAUACUAGUUAAAUAUGCACAUAUUAUUCACCGCAUAUUUUCUAUUAUAGAAGAGACUAAUUCUACUUUAAUUGGUGUUGCAUUGGAUACUCUGGGAUAUAUAGGCGAAACCAACGAAGGAAAAUUUAGCUUAGAUAGCAUAGAAAACAAAAUACCAGAAACCAUCAAAGUUAUCUAUCACAAUAUACAAACCUACCCUACUGAAAUUAAGAUACGCGCCUUAAAUUGUCUGGAGAAUCUGUUUCGUAUUUGUGAAUUUGAUAGUAAAAUAACAAAUCUAGUACGUAAGUGGUAUUGUUCGGUGGAUGGCAACCUAAUGACCUUGAUAUACGAUUUUGCCAAAAAUCCAUUCAAUGAAAUCCGUUUCGCCGCAUUUAGGGUUUUGGAUGCUUUAUCUUCGCAUAACUGGGGUCAAGAAAUUUUUCGGAACACUCCUGGUUUUAUCGAAUUUUUAUUGGAUCGUCGCAGUGAGAACUUUAAAGAUUGUAAAGAAGCAAAGUAUAACAUUAUAAGAGUAUUAUCUUUGAGUUCUGUCUUUGAUCAUAGUACUCAAACAAGACUGCAGGAGUACGUAUCUGAAGGACCCUUUUACGUGCAAGCUGUUACAGAGGUUGCAAUUGAGGGAGAUUAGCUGUGUGUGCACAUUGUAUUGUUUAUUGUUUAAAUGUAAUGUAUUUGUAUUUUCAUAUUAAACAACUAAUGAUA